UUGCCUUCAGCUGGCAUGUUGCAGAACAGGUUUGGAGUCACCCUACCUGCCAGUACCGAGAAAGCUCCCUCUGAGGUUCCAUUGCUACUCCCGUGUUUCUAGAAGUCUGAAAGGAGUAAGAGACGUUAUCAUCAUUUGAGGCUUUGACGGAUGGGUCAGUCUGAAGCCCGGGGGUGUAGCUGUGUUGGACAGCUGUUUUCUUUGAUGGCAGGCCUGCCAGCCCUCUGGAUCGUGGUUCUGUCUCUACUCCAGACGGGCCAUUGCUAUGUCCGAUACCAACAAGCACCAGGAGGCCCAGUGUUUUUGGAUGGGCAGUCAGCAGCAUCUUUCAUGUCUCGCUCCUUGCUCUAUAACAAGUGGGACUUUGAGCUGGUGGUGAAAGACAACUUGGAGAGGGAGUGCAUAGAAGAGAUCUGCGACUAUGAGGAGGCUAGAGAAGUUUUUGAGGAUGAUCAGCAAACGAUGGACUAUUGGAAGGACUAUACAAACAAUCAUGCAACUGACUCCAGGGUGGACGUUUCUGGGUUGGUGGCAGGAAUCAUGGCCAUCGUGGUCACAGCUAUCAUCGCCACAGUCCUCGGAGUCUACUGCUACAGAAACAAGAAGAAGCCUGGGAUGAGGUCGGGCCGUGCUCCAGUAAGAAUAGCAGGAGAGGCGGGCCCAGUCCCAGAGGCGAUGCCCCUGUCUGUGAUGAUCCCACCACCACCUUUACCCAGCUAUAAUGAUGCUUUGCACCAGAGUGGGCAGCAUGAUGCCCCCCCACCACCUUAUUCAGGGGGGGCGCCAUCGGAGCCCGCUGAACCAGGAGACAACUAAUGAGAGAUGUGGCCCUGGGAGCGUCUUUUUUCUGUACCUGGUGGCGAUCUGAGUGAACUUUGCUAUCCCUGUGUUUCCUGUUGCUUGUUGUGUCAUGAUGAGUGUGUAUUUAUGUUAAAACACAGGCCCCAGGAUGCUCACUCCUGGUUAAACAAUGUGUACACUGGA